AUGUCACCAUACCGUCUUGUUUUCGGGAAAGCCUGUCACUUACCUGUUGAGUUAGAACAUAAGGCGUAUUGGGCCGUAAAGUAUGUCAACAUGAGGUUAGAAGAGUCCGGUUUGCAUAGAGAAUUACAGCUACAAGAGUUGGAAGAAAUUAGAAAUGAGGCUUAUGAAAAUGCUGAAAUCUACAAAGCAAAGACUAAGGCUUGGAAUGAUAAGAUGAUAAGUAGGAAGACCUUUGAAGUCGGUCAAAAGGUUCUUCUAUUCCAAUCCCGCCUUCGUUUAUUUCCAGGAAAGCUGAGGUCCCAUUGGAUAGGACCAUUCAUAGUUGUCAAAGUGUUUCCACAUGGAGCUGUGGAAAUUCAAAGUAAAGAAACUUCUAAAAUCUUCAAGGUAAAUGGGCAAAGAUUGAAGCCAUACUAUGAAGGUUUUCAGCCGAAAGAUGUGGAAGAACAAAGCUUAGAGGAUUCGGUAACCGAUGCAUUGGAGCUAGCUAGGAGACCUUUCGAAUUUAGGGUAUGUUAA